AUGCGCGCGGCACUGCUCGCCCUCCUCGUGGUGCUGGGGACGUCUGGGGCGCGGAAGUUGCGCGUGUUGCAAGAUGCACGCCCCGCGUUCUAUGUGGGCAUCGCCGCGCCGCGUUCGGCCGCCGCCGCCGUGCGCGCGUUCAACCGCACCGUCGCGGAACUGUCGCAGGCCUAUGCCGGCUACCCGCUCCACUUACGCAAUGUUUCCCUGUUGCCGCUCUACAUCGAAUUGCCGGAAGAUGAAAGGUGA